AUAACGUCAUUAGCUAUUCUCAGGAGAGGAAAGGCAGCGUAUUACCCUCCUGGGAGAAUGACACACUCGUUUCAAGUUGGGGAAGAGCCUGCUGUUCUUUUCCUGCGUUUGGGGGAAAAGCGAACACACAAUGUUCACUUCCUAAACACGGGAUGUGCUGUGAGGCUGGCAGGUCAUUUUCCACCAAGUCAUAUCCUUCUGGGUGAAGGCAGCGGGGGCCAGGACAGGAAAAGGCAAUGCUCAGGGUGAGGCAAGGCUUUCCCAGGGCAGCCAUUGGCUCUCGGGAAGUAUAAAGCAUGCUCAUCCAGAAACAGCCUCCGAUUUCUCUUCCCGGAGGUAGCCAGAGGUGAACGGGCAUGGAGCGGCCGGCGGCCGGGGAGCUGCAGGGCGCCGAGGCGCUGCGGCGCUUCCAGGGGCUGCUGCUCGACCGCCGCGGCCGGCUGCACGGCCAGCUGCUGCGCCUGCGCGAGGUGGCCCGGCGCCUCCAGCGCCUGCGCAGACGCUCCCAGACGGCCCGCGUGGCCGGCAGCUCGCUGACCGCCGCGGGCGCCCUCACCGCGCUCGUGGGGCUCUCGCUCAGCCCGGUCACGCUGGGGGCCUCGCUCCUGGCGUCGGCCGUGGGGCUGGGGGUGGCCACCGCCGGAGGGGCCGUCACCAUCACGUCCGACCUCUCCCUGAUCUUCUGCCACACGCGGGAGGUGCGCAGGGUGCAGGAGAUCGCGGCCGCCUGCCAGGACCAGAUGCGCGAGCUGCUGGGCUGCCUCGACUUCUUCUGCCGCUGGCAGGGCCGCGGCGACCGCCAGCUGCUGCAGAGCGGGAGGAACGCCUCCAUGGCCCUGUACAACUCCGUCUACUUCAUCGUCUUCUUCGGCUCGCGCGGCUUCCUCCUCCCCAGGCAGGCCGAGGGGGCCACCAGGGUGAGCCAGGCGGUGCUGAAGGCCAAGGUUCAGAAGCUGGCGGAGAGCCUGGAGUCCUGCACGGGGGCUCUGGACGAACUCAGUGAGCAGCUGGAGUCCAGAGUCCAGCUCCGCACCAAGUCCAGACGUGGCCACGACCUCAAGAUCGCUGCCGACCAGCCCCCGGCGCUGUUUUUCAGAGAACAUCCUUUCUCCUAAGGACCGAGGCCAGAAAGCACCCCUGUGGGAUGCUCCGGAUUUGUGGCUCCCUCGGGAAGCACCCAGCUGGGUGAGGAGCUGAGUGCAAAGGAGGAGAAGAAACUGUGCUGGCGGGGAAGCGUCCUCGCAGCCCUUCUUUUUCCGUCACCGUGACAUUCUGCUGAGGACUGUGUUAUUUUCUGAUCCUCGUGGAAUAGAUGACCUGAAAACUGUUUUUCCUUGAUCAGAACCGUCCAGUCUUCACAUUACUGGGCACUCGGGUUUUAAGUUGUUGGGUGGUCCCUGCCCCUGCCCAGGUGGUUUGAGCUGAGGCUGGAGGGGGUGCAGAUAUGGCCAUCCUUUGGGUCCUCUCUAAGCUCUACUUGGCUUGGAGGCCCUCAGAAGGCCCUAGUGGGGAGACACAAGCAUAAAGCCUCUCUUCCAGAGUCUCUGAGUACAAAGACCUCCAGAAUCCAGAGCCAAGUGACCCCCUCUGAACAGUGUUGGAGGGUUCAGGAUCCAAGAAAGGCCCCUCCCUCUGACAUAACAUCCCCCCUCCUUCCCCUCUCAGCUUAUCCACUCACAGCUCCAGCCUGGGGAUGGAGUGGACCUUCCUGGGUGGCUUCAUAUUCAGGCACUGAGAGGGGGGACCAACCCAUCCCUAAGUGCUGUCCCUUGCAGGACAGGCUGAGGCCAAGGAAGAUGAAGUGACUUACAGCUUCAUGUACUGACUUCCUAGUGUACAGAGAGAGCAAUGGCUUUGAAUUAGAUAGUCCUGGGUUUCUUACGUACCCUGUCACUACUGUGUGAUCUUGGCCACUUGGUCUCUCUGAGACGUGGCUUCCUGGUCAAAGAGAGAUGCCAAACCUUACUCUGUUGUGAGUCAUAUGUCAGAUGCAGUGCCUAGCACAAUGUCUGGCUCAUUAAGAGUAGCCCCUGGACUGGCAAUAUCGGCAUCACCAGGGAACUUGUUAGAAAGGCAAAUUCUUGGACUCAACCCCUGACUUAUGGAGUCGGAAACUCUGGAGGUGCAUUUAAACAAGCCCUCGGGGUGACUCUGAUGCCUUCUGAGGUUUGAAAACCACUGCAACAGAUGUUCGUUUCUGAUCCCCUCAAUGAGCUUUCACUCAAUCUCAGGGCCUCCCUAGGAGCUCCAUGGUCUUCAGACUGAAGGUCAAGGACAGACUGUGUCCCAGAAGUAAAAGAAUGUGUGUGCAUUGAUCAGUGCAUCUUGGGGCACCUUGCCGUCAUGUUAGCUAAGGGCUGUAACAUAAGAAGCCCUUUCGAGGGCAGUGUUGCCCACUCAUUGUAGAAACUGGUACAGAAAGGAAUGUGAAUUUAUUGGAAAUUGAUCUUCAUUACCUUCUCUGAAAACUGCUAGACUGUGUAUUAUUUUUUAUUUAUUUUAAGUUUUUUUAUUUAUUUACUUUUUAUUAUUUGCAUUUAAUUUUAUUUAAUCGUGACAUUUAGGAAAUAAUAGGAAUAGCAAGUGAUUGAAUGGGAGACUACUGAGGUUCUUUUCACGAGAUGAGGUUGAGUUUGACUUUCUGAGGCCGGUCGUGCGUUCUCCUUGAAUAAGUCUCUCUUCCCACGUGGAGUAAAUGUGGGAAGUUCUGAAUAGACAGACCCAGAGCUGAGUUUAAGCUUAUAAAUGGAGGCUUGACUUGCAGGAUGUGGAAAUGAUGCAGGCAUAUUUAACCUGAAGGUACCUUGCCAGCAGAUAACACUUGACCUGAAAGGAGAAUCUGUUUAGCCCUGGGCUCUGAACUACUUUUCAGGGGAAAGCAAAACAAUUAAAGGCACGUGAAGGAAGCACCUAGACCUCGGAAGCCUGAUGUCCUGUCACAUUGUCUUAUGGGUUAUAAACAAAAUAGCUUGUGUGAUGGGGGCGAUGUGUCAUAUUUUUACAUUGGGGGCUGUAAAAAGUCUGUAAGCUGUCUCUAAGAAAGAAAAUAUAAUUUCACUUUCCAUUCCUACAACUGUAAUGUUGAAAAAUAUGUUGAAAAGUCUUUGAGGCUACGUAUACAGAAACUUGGCUGUAUGAUUAAUGAGUUAGCAGGCUUUAAAUUGGUUCUGUUUUCUCCCAGGCUUCCCAGUGAUGGCCGUGUGUCUGAGGAAGUACAGUGUCAGUGCUGGGGUGAGGUGGUUGGUGGUUCUAAAUUUUAAUUUUUCGUAUAAAUUUCAAUCUGUGUGUAUCCUGGCUUGUUUUCAAGUUGGUACUGGUUUCUUUUUAAACUGGUGUCAUUUCCUGGACUACCCUGCACAGAUGCUAGCAUUUUAGGUCACCAGAAUGUACUUAAUGUUGUCAUUUUGUGCUAUGUCAUAAAGGUACAACCACUCCCUAACUCCAUCUUCUAUUAAUGCUUAAGUUUGAAUUAUAUUCUUCCAGUGCCUGAGCUGUUCCCUAGAAAUAUAUGGGACACUUUUGGCAGCAGCAGCAGCAAACAUUUCCUAUCAUUAGGGUAUUUUGACUAUAUCAAAGUCCUAGGCCCACUUUACAUCUAAGGAAGAGUGUCUACUUUGGAACCACUCUUUGAAUAAUAAUUAUUCAAAUGCAUUUGAAUAAUUUAAUGAAAUGCUUAGCUAUUAUUUUAAUAGGAAUUUAUUGAUAAUGAAAGACUAUCCAUCCUCUACAUGCCUGUUAUAAAGACUGGAGCCUCUAUCAGGAUUUAGUCAAGUUCAGUUCAAUGGAUCCUAGAGACAAAUAUUCAUUUCUUUUGUGGGAAUGUGAAUAAGGCUUUUCCUUAUGGCCUACAUGCUACAAACAAGCAGAUUGAAAUGGUAUGUUGCAACAAGAAGGAGGCAAAGCAGUAUUUAGAUCACAAGCAUACUCCAGAAAAAUGUCCCGAGUUUGAAAAAUAAAUGUGUUUGUACUAAAGGCUUAUUAAGUGCUUCUGGUAUUUUCUGUGGUUUACAAUCAUUUGAAUGGUUCUCUUUCACAAUAAAGGGGAUUCAACAAAACUACAUUCUGCUCUAUUGAAAAACAAUCCUUCGAAAACUUGCUGAUCCUAAUUGCUUUGAUGCGUUUGCCCUAAGGCAUCUGUCAUUUCCAAUAUGGCAAAUGUCAAAGUCAAAAGUGUGUACUGGGAGAAAAAAAGAGAGAGAGAGAGUGGUGUAGAAGCCACUUUAAAUCAGAUAUGUCAAACCAUCAGUCAACUUGAUAUAGUUCUCAUUCUAUGCCUUGGUGUGAAAAGAAAGAGGGAAUUGAGACAUGGAGAUAAAGACACUACAGAGAUAGAGGGGUUCAGUUAAAUGAAGCAAUUUUUGAAUUCCAUGGUUUUUCCCCACUGUAGCAAAAUUAGUUCUUUCCCCAAUUGAAAUAAACUGUCCACUCCUCAAAUGUUUUGAUCUCUGUAAUUAAUCACCUAAUCUCAUGUUUGCCUGUGUACGAAUUAAUAACUGAAAAGGGCAGAUAUUUAAUCACUUUCAUUUAGAAUAUUCAGUAUCAAACCAUGUAAAUCAAUUUUUAAAAAGCAGUUAACUCAUGUACAGGAAUAUUCUUAUUACCUAGAAAUCAGACUUCCAGCAGUUUUUCCCGGGAGGCAAAAUUUCCCCACAGAUGUCCAGAGAAUUUCACCUUGCAAAUCACUGAUCUUGACCGUGCCAGGGAAAUGUAAUCAUUUUUAGCUAAAAACUGGUGGAUCCCAAUAUACCUAUAUUCUGUUGGGAAGAUGGACAUAGGAUAGGGGGUCCAGCAAUCCAGAGAGCUUGCAGUGGUUGCUAGAGUCAGUCAAGAGCUCCUGUGUGGAGGUGGUCUCCCUAUCUGAGUGCCAACCAGCCUGAGUCUCCCCACCUUGGAAACAUGCCUGGGUCCAGGUGCUGUACUGUUAGUGGGUGUGCAACCAAAAAAAAAAAAAAAAA